UUCAGAACUGACCAAUCAGAGCGCUCCAUUCUUAAACCAACUAAACAGCUGUCAGCCGGCCGGUCUCCCUCACUAUUUACCUGUUUAUUUCACCAUUUAAAACUGGAUUUUUAAAGUCCAAGUGCAGUAUAUUUGAAGGAUGCAUCCAGCCGCCGCUAUCGGCUUGGUUUUCGCCGGCUGCUGCAGUAAUGUGUUUUUCUUGGAGCUUUUGGUCACGGAGCAUCCAGGCGCAGGAAACAUCGUCACCUUUGCCCAGUUCCUGGUCAUCGCAGUCGACGGCUUCUUCUUCACGACAAACUUCUGUCGCAAAAAACCAGUCAUUCCCAUCAGUAAAUAUGCGAUGAUGGUGACCAUGUUCUUCACUGUCAGUGUGGUGAAUAACUACGCCCUAAACUUCCACAUCCCCAUGCCCCUGCACAUGAUCUUCAGAGCGGGAUCUCUGAUUGCUAAUAUGAUGCUGGGGAUCAUCCUGUUAAAAAAGAGUUAUAAGCCAACCAAGUAUGUAGCAGUGCUGAUGAUCACUGCUGGGAUCUUCACCUGUACCUACAUGUCAGCUCAGUCUAUGGGUGCUGAAAAGGAGGAUGUUGACACAGAGGAUGGUGGGAUUGUGCAGUUCCUGUGGUGGUUGCUAGGUAUAGCCAUGUUGACCUUCGCCCUCUUCAUGUCGGCCAGGAUGGGCAUCUAUCAGGAGGUUCUGUAUUCCCAAUAUGGCAAACAUCCAAAGGAAGCACUUUUCUACAAUCAUGCCUUGCCGCUCCCAGCAUUCCUCCCAUUAGCAGGAGAUAUCUACAGACAUGCCGUCCUGUUCAGUCAGAGUGAGCCUAUCAUGAUACCAUUACUGGAGGUCGGAGUCCCAAAGAUGUGGUUCUUUCUGCUGAUGAACUGUAUCACACAGUAUGUUUGUAUACGCGGGGUGUUCAUCCUGACCACGGAGUGCGCGUCCCUCACGGUCACGCUCAUCAUCACGUUACGCAAGUUCGUCAGCCUCAUCCUCUCCAUCUUCUACUUCCAAAACCCCUUCACCGUCUACCACUGGUUCGGGACGUCUCUCGUGUUCGGCGGGACGCUCCUGUUUGUGGAUAUAUACAACAUGAUCAAGCAGAACUUGACGAAAAAGAAGGACUGAUGAUUUUAACUGAUUUUAGAUGAGAAGUGCCAAUGCAAUGAUUUGUGGCAGAUUUUACAAUGAGGAAGCAGUGUAAUUAAGUGUGUAUUAGUACGUGUGUUUAUAUGUUGAUUUGUCUGAAUGUGUGUUUGCAAAUGUGUUUUGUGUACACUUACAUGCCGGGUGCAAAAUACACUGCAAAAUUAGUGUAGUUGGACCAGAGACUUCUCUUGAUAUUUGCAAUUUAUUUCAUUAAUAUUGCACAAAAAUAUUGACAAUUGUUACAAUUGACGAUGUUGUGCUCACGGGAUUCCAAUUUUUGGUUCGAAAAUUUAAAUCAGGAUUAAGAUUUCCAUUCCUCAUGUCUGCCUCAAAUCACCAUUUUCAUAUAUGGUAGGAAACUUUUUUAACGAUUAUUCCGAACUUCUUUUUUGACAUUACUUUGAGAAAAAUUAUGUUUUUAUUCAUUGCGUAAUCAGGUAAUAUAAGCAACUAUGAAUAUUGGUGGCUGUCUGUUUGUAUUAACUCAGGACAACAUUUGUGCAUUACACUAAUAUUACCUACCUCUAUAUUGGUAAGACUAAUAUAGAAUUCCCCUGUAGAGUUAGAAUGUUAUUUUUAAAGUACACCAUCUAGCAUACAAAUCAUUUUGUUCUAAAAAUAUUGAUGCUUUCUAUAGGAAAGCAACAAGGUCCUAAUCAUUUUUUAUUUUUGAAAUAUGUUGUCCACACUACUCUCCAAGCAAGUUUUAGGCUCCAGCUUAUUCUGGAGUCUUUCUGUGCAUUUUUUUUCAUGUUUUUUAUUUUGUCACCUUUCCUUUGUGUAAACUGGCCAGUAUACUGAAAAAAGAGCUGACAUAAAGGAAACCUCAGCGAAAGCACCCCAAAAUAUGUCUAAAAUCUAGGGUCUGCUUGGGUAGUAGUUCACACUUCAGUACAAAAUACAGCUUUACUAGUAAGUAGGUGUUUUAGUUUACCAAAUAUAAAGUUGACAUGGUAUGCAA